CUCUACUGCCCCUUUCCCCUACUGUUCUGCGGCUGCGCAAAAGAGCUCUUUACUCUCUCCACCCCCGCCUUUUCCAGAAAGGUUUGGGGCCGUAUUGAGGUUGACGGUUCCAGUAAGAGACCUCCUGGUUCAAGGCUCCAUUUGGGACAGCCCUGCUGCCACCCCUACCCAGCGCGUGCGCCCUUCCUCCUUCCGUUACAGCCCCCUCCUUCGCACCUUAUUAGCCCCUAGCCCUUCGCCCGGACGGGCUUGACAGGCAUGUGCACAUCCCUCCCUGACCCCUCACCGAUGGGACUCCCAUCCUCCUCAUCUCCAGUCUCUUCCCGCUCGGGCAGUGGGGGUUGCUGCUGUGUCGGUGGCUGGUGCUGAUUCUGCUUCUUUCGUUUCGGCAUCGUGGCUGCGGCAAUGGCUGCAGCGGGAUUUGGAGGGUAGUGAGGAAGGGGCACGCGGGGAUUCUAUUUCCGCUUCCGGGGGGUCGGUGGGCAGCAAUGCCGAAGCUCCCACCAUUUAACUUCCGGAAGGUUGCGGAGAACAUCUGGGCGGCCGCAUUCUGGAGUAAACUGCCUCCCUCCGUCUCUGCCAGGCAUGGCAGCAACCUCACACCUUCCCUUUGCUGCGUUUCUAUAAAUGCUUUGAAAAAAUUCCUUUCUUCUUCCCUCGCCGGAAAACACCACAACCAGCUCCUCAGAGUGUGUCACAGAGUCAACAGGCUCUCGGGCCAGAAGGCCUGAGAAGAAGACUGUCGCACCGUAAGAUCGCCACAUCCGGUCCUCGGUUACUAUGGUAACAGCUGCAGGCACAACUUUGUGCCCUUUGACCUCCCUCCAAAAGUCGUUGUCCCGCCUGGGUUUCCCUUCUGGCCAGCUUUUGCACUUCUGAUCUGUAAACCUGCUCCUUAUCAUCGUUCCCACAAGGAAUUUGGGUCCCAGCAGGUCGGCAGCCAGGACUCUUCAGACCGCCGCCCUCCCCUAAAGACCUCUGACCGUGCCCUCGGUGUAGCCCAGCAACUUGGCUUCAUUCCCGGGACGCACAGUCUCGGCUUUCCACUAAGGUCAAGCCCGGGGGUUGGGAGUGUAGCCUCAGCGUGUCCACUCCCCCUCUCCCCAGGUAGUAGGCCCCGCCCUCCGCUCCGCCACCCCCUCCAGGUGAGUGGUAGCUUCUCCCGGGAGCGCAAGGUAGUGAUGACACGCGCUCCCCCCUCCUUCGAACGCGAGUUGGUAGCGUCCGUGACGGAGUUAGCCUGGUCCUCCCACGCGCGCCUCCUUCCUCGCUGCCUGGGUGCUCUCUCGGUGCCACUGGCUCUCACGUGCCAGUAGCCCACCCCGCAUCAUCCUCUCGCCUCGCUCCUGGAGGGAAGUGACUGUAUCUCCCGUGUCUGCCUUCCAUCGCCGCCGCGGCGGCAAUUCGGUCGGGCCCGCCCGCUGACGUCACCUGCUAGCUCCGCCUCCUCUAGGGUCCCGGGCCCCUGCGGCGGGGACUGCCCCGGGGGGCAGUCAGUUGAGGCGGCAGGAGCUCGGCGGAGGGCGGGCCAGGUGACUGGUCCGGGCCAUGCCGAGGAAGAAGCCCUUCAGCGUGAAGCAGAAGAAGAAGCAGUUGCAGGACAAACGGGAGCGGAAGAGAGGGCUUCAAGAUGGGCUGCGCUCCAGUUCCAACAGCCGCAGCGGGAGCCGGGAGCGGCGAGAGGAACAGACCGACACCUCGGACGGGGAGUCUGUGACCCAUCAUAUCCGCAGGCUUAACCAGCAGCCUUCUCAGGGGCUGGGUCCACGAGGCUACGACCCAAAUCGAUACCGACUGCAUUUUGAGAGAGACAGCAGAGAGGAGGUAGAGAGGAGAAAGAGAGCAGCCCGGGAGCAAGUUCUACAGCCGGUCAGUGCUGAGGUGUUGGAGCUGGACAUCCGGGAGGUCUAUCAGCCUGGCUCAGUUCUGGACUUUCCUCGACGUCCUCCUUGGAGCUAUGAGAUGUCCAAGGAGCAACUAAUGAGCCAAGAGGAACGGAGCUUCCAAGAGUAUCUUGGGAAGAUUCAUGGGGCUUACUCCUCUGAGAAACUCAGCUACUUUGAGCACAAUCUGGAGACAUGGAGGCAGCUGUGGCGGGUGUUAGAGAUGUCUGACAUCGUCCUGCUUAUCACUGAUAUCCGACAUCCAGUUGUGAAUUUCCCGCCAGCACUUUAUGAGUAUGUGACUGGAGAACUUGGGCUGGCCCUGGUGCUGGUUUUGAACAAGGUGGAUCUGGCCCCGCCAGCUCUUGUGGUUGCCUGGAAGCAUUAUUUCCAUCAACACUAUCCCCAGCUCCAUGUCGUCCUUUUCACCUCUUUCCCUCGGGACCCCCGCACCCCACAGGACCCUAGUAGUGUCUUGAAGAAGAGUCGGAGGCGGGGGAGAGGAUGGACUCGGGCACUGGGGCCAGAGCAGUUGCUGAGAGCCUGUGAAGCCAUCACUGUGGGGAAAGUAGACUUGAGCAGCUGGCGGGAGAAGAUUGCUCGGGAUGUAGCAGGGGCCACCUGGGGUAAUGGCUCCGGGGAGGAGGAGGAAGAGGACGAUGGCCCAGCAGUCUUGGUGGAGCAGCAGACUGAUUCAGCAAUGGAGCCAACUGGCCCAACCCGAGAGCGCUACAAGGAUGGGGUGGUGACCAUCGGCUGUGUGGGUUUCCCUAAUGUGGGAAAGUCCUCGCUGAUCAAUGGGCUGGUGGGGCGGAAAGUCGUGAGUGUCUCCAGAACUCCGGGCCAUACCCGAUACUUUCAGACCUACUUUCUUACCCCCUCCGUGAAGCUCUGUGACUGCCCGGGCCUCAUCUUCCCAUCUCUUCUGCCUAGGCAGUUGCAGGUUCUGGCAGGGAUCUACCCCAUCGCCCAGAUCCAGGAGCCCUACACCGCUGUGGGCUACCUGGCCUCCCGAAUUCCCGUGCAGGCCCUGCUCCACUUGCGCCACCCAGAGGCUGAGGACCCCUCAGCGGAACACCCCUGGUGUGCCUGGGACAUCUGUGAAGCCUGGGCAGAGAAACGUGGUUACAAGACAGCCAAGGCGGCUCGGAAUGAUGUGUACAGAGCAGCCAACAGUCUCUUGCGGCUGGCAGUGGACGGCCGCCUCAGCCUGUGUUUUCAUCCCCCGGGCUACAGUGAACAGAAAGGCACCUGGGAGUCCCAUCCAGAGACCACGGAGCUGGUGGUUUUGCAGGGCAGGGUGGGGCCAGCAGGUGACGAGGAGGAGGAGGAAGAGGAAGAGCUGAGCAGCUCCUGUGAGGAGGAGGGAGAGGAGGACCGGGAUGCGGAUGAGGAGGGAGAAGGGGAUGAGGACACCCCAACCUCAGCUCCAGGGUCCAGUUUGGCUGGCCGAAACCCUUAUGCCCUGCUGGGUGAGGAUGAGUGCUGAGUUCCUCGCCCAGUGCCAUCUUCCCACCCAAUGUCUUUGCUUUUGGACUGACCUGGGGGUAUCUCCCCUCUGCCACCCCAAUUGUGAAUAAAGAUUGUUUGCUUUGUAGCCCCUUCCCCAGAUGAACUGAGGUGAGAGCGGCUGUUCCAGGCUAACAGCUGUGGGAGGUUUCUCUCCUCUUCUCCCUUCUUUUUUCAUGCAUUCUCUUUGCAAGGGAAAGUUCUCUUAGGAGUUUGUUUAGUAGGUUUCCAGUCUCUGAAACCUGCUUCCUUUACCCACUCUCCCACUCUGCACUUUAGGAAUCCCAUUAUCUACAUGGGGAGGGGAGUUCUAAAUUCAGCUCCCUUUUGGAGUUUGUGCCAUUCUCCGAUUUGAGCAGCAGCCCUGUGCGCCCCCUGCUGCCAGACCUGGUCAUUCCAGGAGCUUCUGGGAGAAGCAACAGUAAGAGAGGAAGUGUCCCAAGCUGAUGUCUCUAAAUGAGAUUUUUACAGGAAUUGUUCAAAUUCAGCAAAUAUUUAUUGAGGGUCUAUUGUGUGUCUUGACCUGUGCUGAGCACCAAGCAUAUAAGGAUGUACCACUGAAGCCUGGCCAUGAUCAAAACCCCACCUUCAGGCACCCAAGUUUUUGGAUUAAGAAGGGUGAAUGAUGUUCUGCAAAUCCUGGGGGCUCAUGCAGUAUAAUUCUAGGUCUUCAUGUUGAUAUAAAUUUUUAGUUAAGGCAAAAUGCUUGUGAAAAUGUCGAUUUAAUGUGUACGAGUAGAGUUUUAAUUGCGAACAACUAGCGUGCACAUUUAUGAUUUGAGCAGAAUAGCCCUUUAAGUCCAGUGUUAAGUUUCAUUAUUUAAAAGCCUGGCAGCUGCGAGUAUAUGAGGCACAUAGGGGUGGGCACAGAACCAGCCUCCUGAAUUCCAUUUACUCUGGUUUGGAGGUGGAACAAAGAUGACACAGUGCAGGGUCAGAGCUAGAACCUAGCAGGUGGCCAGAAUCAUUUUAGGGUUUCACCUCAGCAUUGCAGCAGAGAUCAACUCUCUCGUGAGUCAGGGCACCUUAGGCCUUGCUGUAUAUCCCUUUGUUAAGCCAGCAACUAGACUCCUAGAUUUAAUUCUUUUAGAAAUGGAAGAAUGAGCUUUGUUUUACUGACUGCCAGUGUUGUCUAUAUUGGAUGAUAGCAAAAAGUGUAGUUUGACAGGUUGACCACCAGAUGGAGGAGUGAAAAGUACUAGACUCUGCUCUAAAGCAGAUCCUUUCAGGAUCUGAGUCACUGGGCAGUUUCUCCAAUGUGAGCAGACAGACCCUGUUAACCAAGGAGCAAAGGAAAGUAUAUUUAAAGAGGCUGAGGUGUUUGGCCACAUAUUCCUUUGUUCCUCUCCAUUGGUCUCAGUGAGGACAUAACCCCUGGAAUUCACUCCAGUGCAAAGUUUAAAUACUACCAGCAUGAUAUGUACUUGAAGGUUUCCCAAAAUGUGCUAGACGAGAAAAGGUCCCAGCUGAGAGAAAAAUCCACCUGUCUCCCAUCUGGGGCUCUUUACCCUCACUGAUAGAAAAGGAAAAGGGGCCCAAGCUAAGCUUACUUUGAGGGUUCAUGAUGUUCAGAGAUGCUCAGGGGACUUCUCUGCUCUGUCCUCUGGUGAGGACAUUGGAUUCAUUUCCUCAAAAUGUGGAGAGAAAGGAGAAAAAUCAAUUCUAUUUGUACCUCUGCUGCUUGUGCUGUUUAUCUUUGCUUGUCUUUUUCCACCUCAAGGGUUUCAUCAGGGGCAUUUGGGAGAGUCGAGGGGUGGGGAUGAAGAGUUGAUUGGGAGCUGAGGAGGGGGUUUUUUUAUGCUGAAGACCUGGCAGGAGGCGACUCCUGACACCCCCACAGGGCUAGACUGUAAAACCUCUUACCAGGCCUCUAUCAGUGACUUGCUGACUCUGUAGGAUAAUAGCAACAGGAAAAGAACUGAGGGACCUGCAGAUCAGGAUGAAUAGGGUCCCAACACCAGUGCUGAGGCUGAGGUUAGAACUGACUACAAAGACACAGGAAACCAAGGGCCCAGUCUCCACUCCACGCUGAAAUACCCUUGUCCUCGCACCCUCUUGUCUGGGUCACGCCUACUACGUGAAUACUUGACUAUGGAGGUCUGGGGCUCUGGUGGCUUCCAUAGCUGGCUAGUCUCUUGAUGGAGAGAAAGCAGGGCUUCUCUCAUGCAUGCCAGAAUCUCACUUAGAUGUCAACUUCCAAGUUUCCCUUUUUCCAGAUGGGAUUCUAGUCCUGGUUCUGGAACAGGGUAGCUGUGUGUGGUCCAGGAUAGUUCAAUUAUAUGGGCCUUUGUUCACUUAUUAUAAUCAUUGAUACAGUCAACAAAAAUUGGUUGAAAGCAAUAUAUGCCAAACAUUUGUCCCGGAGUUCUGGGACAAUAACCAAAAUUGAAUAAGGCAGUAUUCUACCCUCAAGGAAUAGAAAGUAGGAAUAGAAGAAUAAUAAUAAUACAAUAGCUCUAUAGCAGUAUGUAAACUAUAAAAGCAUUAUGUUAAUAUGUAUCUAUUGAACUGUCAUAACUGAAUAAGGUGGUUAGUACCAUAAUUACCCCAAGGAUUCAUUCACUCAGAACAUUUGUUGAGCAAUUACUAUCUGCCUGUCACUUCCAAGUGGUAAGUGAGAUAGAAAUGGUUCUUUGUGGAGCUCACAAUUUAUUGGGAGAAUGGAAACGGACAAUUACAAAAAAAAUGUGCUAAGUUCUGGGAGAAGGGUGGUGGUACAGGAUCCAGUGGGGUAGUGGUGGCUCCAUAUAGGAGGGACCUUGGGAUAGUGAUCAGGAAGGAGUGGGGGACAGGACUAGAAGCUGCAUUAGUAUAUCAAGUUAUGUCAGACUGCCAAAACAAAACAAACACCAAAAAUCAGUAGUCCAUGGUAAAGAAUUGCUGUAGGAACAGCCAGUAGGGGGGUUAAACUGGUGUUGGUGAAUCAAGGGAAGCCUCCUAGAGGAACAGAUGUCUGUGCUGAGGCCAAAUGCCGGGCAGGAGUUAGCCAGACAGAGGGAAAUAGCAUUCUGGGCAGAGGAGGCAGCAAAGGCAAGGAACAUGACAACUUUGGAAGACUGUAACUUGUUCAGAGGCAGAGGGUGCAAAGGAGAAAUGAGGAAAGGUGAAGCUGGAGAGGUGGGCUUGGUCCAGCUCUUCCUGGGCCUUUUUAGCCAUGUUAAAGAUUCAGACUUUAUCCAGAGAAACAUUGAACUUUAAGCCUAAGACUGAAAAGGUGAGAAUUGUGCCUUAGAAAGAGCACUAUAAUUGCAGUGUGGAGACUGGUUUGGAAAGGGGAGAAAUCAGAGGCUUUUACAGACAUCCCAGGGGGAGAGAAUAAACACUAGCAUUAGGGUAAUGGAAGAUGGAAAGAAGAGAAAUGGUUUCAUGGGUUGCUUAGGAGAUAGAAAUGACAUGUCUUGGGAUUGUUUUGCCAUGUAGGGGAGAGAGACACGUCAAGAGUAUACAUCCUGUUUCUGACUUGGCAACUGGGUGUGUCAUGGGUCUGUUUCCUGAGACAGUUGUCUACAGCCAUACCACCGUGAGCGCCCUGGAUCUCAUCUGAGACAGUUUAUGCAAAUGGAGCUUGGGGAAAGAGAGGUGGCUGGAAACAGAGAUUUGGGCAUCAUCGACAUACAGGUGUGGGGAGCAGAGAAGGCUGAGGAAGAAAGCAGGAAACAUAUAAAAGGAGAGCAGGGAAAGGAUCCAGUGAGACAGGAAAAAGCUAGUAACAUGGUGUGAUGAAGCUAGAGGAGGAAGGAAGGAAGGGCGGUGUGGAAUGCUGCUGAUGGGUGUGAUGGGUGGUGGCACGGAGAAUGAAGAAUAUCCACCAGCAACGAGAGGGGCCUCCAUGGUCUUGGUGGGAGCAUUUCUUUGGAGAGGUGAAAUCAGAGGCCCCAGAUGUCAGAGGGUUAAGGAAUAAUUUGGAGGAAAAGAGUAAAGGCAGUGGAGGUGAGGAGAGAAUUUUCAAAAUGGCAGUGAUUGCAAUGAAAGAAAAAAAUGGAGGGAGUAGAGUAUAUGCAGUUGAAGUUUUUUAGUUUGGAGUGUGUUAACAUGAUGUUAGGAAGAAGGAUCAAGUGGAGGAGAAAGGUGAAAAUGCGGGAAGGUGGGGCUUAGUGAUGGAACAAGCCUUGGGGACAGGUGGGCGUGGUACUGAGAGUCCCAGUGAGGGGAGUGCCCUCAGGCAGGCGCCCGUGGCUUCUGUUACGGAGGGAACAGUGCUGACAUUCAGCUGGUUCGCACUGGUACGGCUCAACCAGUUGUUAAAACAUGUCUGCUCCAGUGUCAGUAAUAUACGAGUAACUGCAAUAAGCAGUAAAAAUUAUAAAUUCUAAUACAAACUCAGUUCAAGCUAAUUAGGAGAUCGCCACAACCAUUGGUAAAUGGACUUCCCGCUGCAUUUGUGAAGCUUUGCAGCGCUAUCUGCCGGUGUCGUGCAUAACUGCAGGCUGAGAGGCUGCUUUGCGCCUUCAUCUUGAAGCACUUUGAAAUUGCCUGUUUAAAUUACCUUGGAAUCGUGGAGUUGCUACUGCUUCUGAAUAGUUUGAUUUUAUUGUUAGUGCAUUGUCGUUCUUGUGUCAGUAGCAAAUUUCAGUGUUUUAAUAUUUACAAAUACAAAAAUUUUUAAUAAAAUAUUAAAGCCAAACUUGAAUGAAGAGA